CCGUGUUUGGGGCACAGUUGUCGGGAAAAACGAAUAUUUGACGAACCUCUUCCCAACGAACUUGGGCAUGAAUAACCUUGAGACGUUACCUGUCGCUCGGUUCGGUUGUUACCUGUACGGCGAGAGUCCCCUACAGUCCUACAUGCACCCAGCGGGAUAUCAGGUGACGAUGUCUUUGUUUAUCAAGCAAGGAAUUUUGCUUAUUUUUUAAAAAAAAUGUAUCCAUUGGCUUUGAGCGGGGUGGGAGAUGAAGGAAACGAAACGCAUUUUGGCUGAAGAAGGGCAGAGAUUGGAGCAAGCUUACCUCGAAUAGCUGGGGCCGAGUUAUCCCAAAAUGUCAAGAUUAUGAGCUUACUUCGAAUAGCUGGGGCCGAGUUAUCCCAAAAUGUCAAGAUUAUGAGCUUACCUCGAAUAGCUGGGGCCGAGUUAUCCCAAAAUGUCAAGAUUAUGAGCUUACCUCGAAUAGCUGGGGCCGAGUUAUCCCAAAAUGUCAAGAUUAUGAGCUUACCUCGAAUAGCUGGGGCCGAGUUAUCCCAAAAUGUCAAGAUUAUGAGCUUACCUCGAAUAGCUGGGGCCGAGUUAUCCCAAAAUGUCAAGAUUAUGAGCUUACCUCGAAUAGCUGGGGCCGAGUUAUCCCAAAAUGUCAAGAUUAUGAGCUUACCUCGAAUAGCUGGGGCCGAGUUAUCCCAAAAUGUCAAGAUUAUGAGCUUACCUCGAAUAGCUGGGGCCGAGUUAUCCCAAAAUGUCAAGAUUAUGAGCUUACCUCGAAUAGCUGGGGCCGAGUUAUCCCAAAAUGUCAAGAUUAUGAGCUUACCUCGAAUAGCUGGGGCCGAGUUAUCCCAAAAUGUCAAGAUUAUGAGCUUACCUCGAAUAGCUAGGGCCGAGUUAUCCCAAAAUGUCAAGAUUAUGAGCUUACCUCGAAUAGCUGGGGCCGAGUUAUCCCAAAAUGUCAAGAUUAUGAGAUUACCUCGAAUAGCUGGGGCCGAGUUAUCCCAAAAUGUCAAGAUUAUGAGCUUACCUCGAAUAGCUGGGGCCGAGUUAUCCCAAAAUGUCAAGAUUAUGAGCUUAACUCGAAUAGCUGGGGCCGAGUUAUCCCAAAUGUCAAGAUUAUGAGCUUACUUCGAAUAGCUGGGGGGGGGGCUGAAUUACCCCAAAGAUCAAGGUUAUGAGCUCACCCUUUUUGAACCCUGCGAUGGCAGAUGGGAUGGUAUCUGUUUACUCAGCGUAGGCCUAAAGUAGGAUGCCUUGAGGUCAACUUUAGUAUUUUUAGUCAUUAAAACUGAAUGUAAUAGGGUGUGUCGUUAAUCCAUUUAUAAUUCUUUGUCUCGACCUGGUGUCUGACCGUGACGCCGUACAGGAUUGUAUCAGGCAUUUCAAUCACGUUGUCCGUACUAUUCCCCAUUUUUUUGACCACCAGUCUGUUGCAGGAUUGUAUGAGUACCAGGGAGAAUGUGAAAGAGAACGACCACAUUGACAAUGACUGCGAUGGAGCUGUGGACGAAGAAUUUAAGAACAAUAAGGGUAAAAAAGAAAAGUUUUUUUUUUUUUGUUUGUUCUUACUGCUAAUUAUGUUGACAUGACUGGAGACGUUUCUGUGCGCGGCAAGAUGAGCUUUCUGUUACCAUGACCCAACAUUCAUUCCGUCUGUGGUCAUACUUUAAAUGUGUGAGAUUGAAGUUUUAAUGAUAUAAAAAAAACAAAAAUAACAACAACAACAGCAAUAAGUUUACGUUGCUCUCUGUAAAGCUUCUAAAAGUCUUAGGACGAUAAACAUGUUUAAAUAUUAAACUGCUUUUAAGAGACGUAAAUUCUCGCCCCUACCCCAAAGUGCAUUUAACUUACAUACAGUUGCAAAGUGCAUUUAACUUACAUACAGUUGCAAAGUGCAUUUAACUUACAUACAGUUGCAGAGUGCAUUUAACUUACAUACAGUUGCAAAGUGCAUUUAACUUACAUACAGUUGCAAAGUGCAUUUAACUUACAUACAGUUGCAAAGUGCAUUUCACUUACAUACAGUUGAAAAGUGCGUUUAACUUACAUACAGUUGCAAAGUGCAUUUAACUUACAUACAGUUGCAAAGUGCAUUUAACUUACAUACAGUUGCAAAGUGCAUUUAACUUACAUACAGUUGCAAAGUGCAUUUAACUUACAUACAGUUGCAAAGUGCAUUUAACUUACAUACAGUUGCAAAGUGCAUUUAACUUACAUACAGUUGCAAAGUGCAUUUAACUUACAUACAGUUGCAAAGUGCAUCUAACUUACAUACAGUUGCAAAGUGCAUUUAACUUACAUACAGUUGCAAAGUGCAUUUAACUUACAUACAGUUGCAAAGUGCAUUUAACUUACAUACAGUUGCAAAGUGCAUUUAACUUACAUACAGUUGCAAAGUGCAUUUAACUUACAUACAGUUGCAAAGUUCAUUUAACUUACAUACAGUUGCAAAGUGCAUGUAACUUACAUACACUUGCACUGAACGCUUGAAUUCAACAACGUAUAUUAUUUUUUUCAGAUGAGGACAAAGACAAUUUGAUUGACGAGGACAUCCAUUACACCAAUCGCAGUAAGACGUCAAAAAAUUAACCAUCCUAUCUUUAGCAAAGUACAGCAUCAGUGGUGCAAAAGCUAUUUAUUUUAAGCUAAUUAAUUUACUGUUGUAAUAUAGUUUUAUUUUUAUUUUUUUUGGUAUCCACCUGAAAUAGAUUUACGACAUGUUCUGCGUGAAGUUGUUCAAUUCCUUGUCAGGUAAAAGUUUGAAGACCAUCGUUUUUCUAUGACCGAUCACGGAUCAGACAUUUGGCAUCGAAAUCUGAUGCUUAGUCUGAUGCUUAGUCUUAUGCUCAGUCGGAUUUUUAGUCUGAUGCUCAGUCUGAUUCUUAGUCUGAUGCUUAGCCUGAUGUUUAGUCUGAUGCUUAGUCUGAUUCUUAAGUCGAAAUCUUAGUGUGAUGCUUAGUUUGAUUCUUAAGUCUGAGGCUUAGUGUUGGUUAACCUAAUGCUUAGUCUGAUGCUUAAGUCUGAUGCUAAGGCUGAUGCCUAAGUCGAAUGCUUAGUCUGAUGCUAAGUCUGAUGUUUAGUCCGAUGCAAAGUCUGAUGCCUAGUCUCAUGCUUAUUCUGAUUCCAAGUCUUACUCUUAGUCUGAUGCUAAGUCUGAUUCUAAGUCUGAUCCUAAGUCUGAUGCUAAGUCUGAUCCUAAGUCUGAUGCUAAGCCUGGUGCUAAGUCUGAUUCUUAGCCUUAUGAAACUGAAAAAAAAAAGAGAAUUACUUUGGUUCUGAUGUUUGCCUUAUAAAACGCAUGAAAAAAAAUCGUUUUGCCAUGGUAAUAGAGAAACUCAUUUCAGCGUUUGAAUAGAAAAUCUCGUUUCCUCGUGUGAAUAGACAAACUCGUUUUGUCGUGUGUGUAGACAAACUCGUUUCGUCGUGGGAAUAGAGCCGCAUGAUUGUCUGUACACCGGUAAACAUUUGACGAUGAGUUACAUGGCCGUCUUUUUCUCUAGUGAUGCUAGAUGUGCCUGUGAUGCUAAAUGUGUCUGUGAUGUAAGAUGUGCCUGUGAUGCUAGAUGUGCCUGUGAUGCUAAAUAUGUCUGUGAUGCUAGACGUGUCUGUGAUGCUAAAUGUGUCUGUGAUGCUAGAUGUGCCUGUAACGUUAGAUGUGUCUGUGAUGCUAGACGUGUCUGUGACGCUUAAUGUGUUUGUAACGUUAGAUGUCCCUAUGAUGCUAGAUGUGUCUGUGAUGCUAAAUGUGCCUGCGACGCUAGAUGUGCCUGUGACGCUAGACGUCCGUGUGACGCUAGAUGUGCCUGUGACGUUAGAUGUCCAUGUGAUGCUAGAUGUCCCAGUGAUGCUAGAUGUCCCUGAGAUGCUAGAUGUCCCUAAGAUGCUAGAUGUCCCUGUGAUGCUAGAUGUCCCUGAGACGCUAGAUGUCCCUGUGACGCUAGAUGUCCCUGUGACGCUAGAUGUCCCUGUGACGCUAGAUGUCCCUGUGAUGCUAGAUGUGCCUGUGAUGCUAGAUUCCCUGUGAUGCUAGAUGUCCCUGUGAUGCUAGAUGUCCCUGAGAUGCUAGAUGUCCCUGAGAUGCUAGAUGUCCCUGAGAUGCUAGAUGUCCCUGUGAUGCUAGAUGUCCCUGAGAUGCUAGAUGUCCCUGAGAUGCUAGAUGUGCCUGUGAAGUUACAUACACCAGUGAAGGCACAUGUGCCUGUGAAACUAGAUGCACCUAGACGAUGAAACGCUUCGCAGCUUAACACUGAGGUCUCCUUGCAUAAACAUCAACAUCCUGACCACAGAAAAUCCAGGCUAACGUUUGUUACUUUUUGUGGUUUUUUUUUUAUCAAUGGUAAAACUAACAUGUCAUCCUAAAUUCAAACCAUCGGUGUAUGCAAAAUUAGAUUGUUUCAUUUGCUAGGAGUAUAGGUCAAUCAUUGUUUACCCAUUUCUUUCAGUCGAUGGUCACUGGGGAACCUGGGACAAAUGGGAAUGUGAAUCUGGUUCUUCACAAAUACGCCGAAAAUUUAGGAGGCGGUGAGACUUUGGACUUCGGAAUGAUGAGUUAAAUUUAUUGGGUUUUUUUUUUGUAAACUCUGCUCUGAUUUAUUGUUCUUAAAAGAUAUGUUGGCUAUAUCCCGAAACAAUGCAUUAUUUAUUUUUACUAUUUAAAAAAAAAUAAAAAUAUUUGAUGAGUGAAUUCAGAAACGUAUUUUUUUUAGUGACAAACUAUUCCAAGAUGCGGUGUUUUACCUUUAAUGGAUGUAAUCAUACAUACAAUGCUGUUAAUCAAUAUAAAUAUCAUACGCUGGAGAUUCCAUAUGAGAGCAAACUGGAGUAUGUACUCAAUUGCUGUCUGGCGUAAACCAAUCUAAUUUCAAUGUGACUUUAACAAAUUCAUGCGUGGAUGAAUCCUCAACUUAAUACAUUUUUUAAAAAAUAAAUAAAAACUUGUUUUACAUUUUUUUUUCAAAUAUACAUGCUAAAUACAAAUGCCUUUUGUUUUACACACAGGUAUUGUGACAAACCCGCCCCUUUCGACGGAGGGAAAGAAUGCGAGGGACCAGCGAGACAAGACAGUGACCUCUGUUGCAAACCUAGUAA